GCGUAUUUUCCUCCCGUUCGCCUAGAGGUGUUGUUGGGACGCAAUGCCUGAACCAGCGAAGUCCAAUCCCGCCCCGAAGAAGGGCUCGAAGAAGGCGGUGACCAAAGCGCAGAAGAAGGACGGCAAGAAGCGCAAGCGCAGCCGCAAGGAGAGCUACUCGGUGUACGUGUACAAGGUGCUGAAGCAGGUGCACCCCGACACCGGCAUCUCGUCCAAGGCCAUGGGCAUCAUGAACUCGUUCGUCAACGACAUCUUCGAGCGCAUCGCGGGCGAGGCGUCGCGCCUGGCGCAUUACAACAAGCGCUCGACCAUCACGUCCCGGGAGAUCCAGACGGCCGUGCGCCUGCUGCUGCCCGGGGAGCUGGCCAAGCACGCCGUGUCCGAGGGCACCAAGGCCGUCACCAAGUACACCAGCUCCAAGUAAACUUGUUCACCGUCACAGCACCAACGAUUUCAGGCUCUUUUAAGAGCCGCCCAUAUUCUCAUUUAAAGAGCUGUAAUCUUCCGAACUUCUGAAAACUGCAACUUAUUUUCGUCACGUUUAAUUUGCUGAGUAUUGGUAAACUCUGAAUUUGGGAACAAAGGUUAACUUCUGGCGUGUGCGGACCAUCAAGAAGCAAAUGUCCUACAAUCGCCCGUGAAACGGAAUCUUCCACUGUACAAGCGAAUGUCCUGAGAAUUGAGAUUCAGCAGCCCUUUACAUCAAUAAAUACUAUAUGGAAUAUAUAUCACGGAUAUGGAAGAAUCAUCUCUCCACCCUGAACUCUUUUAAGGACAACCUAGUGCCUGUGGCUGUGAGACUUCCCCACCUCUGCCGGCCGGUUCAAGCAACACGUGCCUAAUUUUCCAGGGACUUCCUCUUGCCUCGCCUGAGCCAGCGGCACCUCAUUUAACAGUAAGGUGUGCGUUGGAGUAUGAGGAAGGGCCGCUGGAAACACACAAGAGCCGUUAGUAACUUUUUUUUCCUUUUUUGUUCCCAUGCCUCCUGUUCUCCUUGCCUAACCUCGCUGUGGUGUCCGGCCAGAACAAAGAAUCAUCUUCAGAAAACCAGCUGGCACUCUUAAAGUUAGAAGAGAAUCACGACAUUGCUGCCUGUGGUCCUUCCCAGACGAGGGAAAGCCAGGGCCGCCCUACAGACGGCUGUGCUGUUGCCAACAACUUCAAAGACAAUCAAUCUCACUUCAAAAAAGAACGAUCCUCGAAGGAAAUACAGAUAACCGCAAAAUAAGAAAUCUUUAUACCAAAUAAAUGUGGUCCUUUCUACCAAAUAAAUUUAAUUAACUUUCAA